AUUCAGCGAUAGAUAUUUAAUUCCGUCUUGUUUUCGUAUAUACUGUACGAUUUGCUCUGUAGUGCAGUAUCAUCGAUCAUUUCUAAUCCCACAUUUCAAGAUGUCAAAGGUAUACGAGUUUGAAGUGGAGAUGACGUGUGAGGGCUGCUCCGGAGCAGUUAAACGAGUCUUAGGAAAGCUUGAUGGCCAGGGCGUCACGAAAGUCGAGAUUGACCUCCCAAAUAAACGGGUAUUCAUCACGUCAACGUUAACUUCUGACCAGUUAUUGGAGGUGAUUAAGAAGACUGGAAAAAAUUGCUCAUAUAUAGGGGAAAAGCAAUAAACCUGGAUACAAUGACGCAAUGCGACGGAAUUACACAUUUAUCCGUUACUUAAAUUAUGAAGAUUACUGUUUCUCCUGAUGCGUGGGGUAAACAAAGGAGAGCCUUGAAAGGCAACUUAGCUUUUUGAUUGCCUUUUAGCAGCUCCCGUCUUGCCAAAUGUCUCCCUAUGAAUGACUUUUCCAAUUUUUACAAUUCACCGUACGCGACCGCUAAUGGUGAACAGAAAAAGAAAACAUAAUGAUAGGAUAAUAGAAC